AUGGAUAACCAAAAUUUACCUGAACAAGAGGAAUGUGCUAGUAAUUCUAGCAAAUACUCUUUACAAGAAUAUAGUGGUGGUUCUCAUAAAAAAAAGCAUAGAAAGCACAAAUCUUGUUAUAAUAAAUCACAUUCCAAUUCACCCCAACAAGAAUAUACUAGUAGUCCUAGUAAUUAUUCCUCCCAAGAAGAGUAUAAUAAUAGUUUCUGUAAAGGAAAAUGGCGUGGGUCUUUAUCUUUACAAAAAAGUGAUAACAAGUAUCAUGAUCUAAAUAAAAUUAAAAAUGAGCUCAAAAAACUAAGUGUUGAGCAAGAAAAUGAGCUCUCACCACAAGUAUUAGAUCAUGACUUUGAAAAUAAUGGUGCCCCAUCUCGAGAAUCUGUGGAAAUUAUUGUCACAGAAGAAACAGCAAUCUCUGAUAACAAUAAAUAUAUAGCAGUUGAAAUUACAAAUGAAACCCAAGAGCAAACAGUAACACAAAAUACAUUGAAUUCAAGAGAAGUUAAUGAUGAGCUCUUUAGUGUUUAA